UCUGUUUUUUUUUCAUGAUUAUUACAUAUUCAUUUUCCUUACAAUUUCAACUUUUGUAAUUGUAGGCAUAAAUUUGCUGACACAUUGUAAGCUAAUGAAGCACAUUACUUGAUGGUGUAUGUUUUCUUCGUGCUCUUCACAUCAGAUGCUUAUAUUUAUUUCAUGUGCUUAUCUUGAUGAGUCAUUGUCCUACCGGAUUCUGAUUUACGGCGGUUCUUGAUUUGGGUUACGGUCUAGUAUAGAACAUGCAAAGGUUACUCAAAUGCAAAGGCCUAGUAUGAUAAGGAAAACUGAUAUAAAGGUACAAUAUAACAUUGGUAAUUUAUUACAUCGUUGGAACCAAAGAAAAAAACAAAACAAAACCAAAAGGCUAUCGUUGUAUAUUUAAAACUUAAAGAGAAUGAGGAGAAUGUUUGUGGUGCAAGAAAGUGGUAAUUAUGGGCAGCUAAAGCCUUGUGGAAUCCUACGACCACAAACUUUAAAGAAGUUGCCGAAAUUGGGAGAGAGAGAGAAACGCCGUGCUCCUACCGACUUACAAAAACAAGUAACUGCAUCAACAUCAGAGACAUUACGGACGAUGGAACAACAUGGCUCUGCUCUUCCAGUAGUUAUAACACUGCCACUAAUUGCUAAAAUUUCGGCACAUAUCUUUAGUUCGGUAUCAUUCUUGGAGCAUGUGCCAACCAGAGGAGGUGAUAGUGGUGGUGUAGUAGCUGGUGGAGGAGGUGGUGUUGUUUGUGGCGGAGGCGGUGGUAAAGUUUGUGGAGGAAGUGGUGGGGGUGAGAUUGUUGGUGAUGGUCCGGGACAGCUAAAGCCUUGUGGAAUCCUACGACCACAAACUUUAAAGAAGUUGCCGAAAUUGGGAGAGAGAGAGAAACGCUGUGCUCCUACCGACUUACAAAAACAAGUAACUGCAUCAACAUCAGAGAUAUUACGGACGAUGGAACAACAUGGCUCUGCUCUUCCAGUAGUUAUAACACUGCCACUAAUUGCUAGAAUCUCGGCACAUAUCUUUAGUUCGGUAUCAUUCUUGGAGCAUGUGCCAACCAGAGGAGGUGAUAGUGGUGGUGUAGUAGCUGGUGGAGGAGGUGGUGUCGUUUGUGGCGGAGGCGGUGGUAAAGUUUGUGGAGGAAGUGGCGGUGGUGAGAUUGUUGGUGAUGGUCCGGGACAGCUAAAGCCUUGUGGAAUCCUACGACCACAAACUUUGAAAAAGAUGCCGAAAUUCGGAGAAAGAGAAAGAGGUCGUGCUCCUACCGACUUACAAAGACAAGUAACUGCAUCAACAUCAGAGACAUUACGGACGAUGGAACAACAUGGCUCUGCUCUUCCAGUGGUUAGAAGACCGUCACUAAUUGCUAGAAUUUCGGCACAUAUCUUUAGUUCGCUAUCAUUCUUGGAGCAUAUGCCACCUGGCGGAGGUGGAGUGAUUACUGGUGGAGGAGGUGGUGUGGUUUGUGGAGGAGACAACGGUGGUGGUAAGGCUUUUGGAGGAAGUGGCGGUGGUGUGGUCGCUAGUGGAGGUGGUGGUGUGGUCUGUGGGGGAGGCUGUGGUUGGUCAUUGGGUGGCGGUGCUGGUUGAAAUGUUGGUGGAGUUGGCGGUCGGGGAUCGGGUUGCGGCAGUGGCGGCUGGGUAUUGGAUGGUGGCGGAGGUGGCGUGGGAUUACAAAUACAUAUACAAGG